GAUGGAUUUCAAACUAGUGAAAUGGAGUAUUUUUAUGUCCUUCCUUCUAAUAAGACAGUUCAUGUGGGUGAAGUAGCUACAUUUGAAUGCAAAUUUAAUGGCUCACAUGAUACUGUGGAAUGGGUGAAGUACUAUGAAGUGAAUGGAUUCUCACUGAAUGAGUUUGGUGUACCAUACAUGAAACGAGUCCAGUACAGAAGCAUUAAUCAUAUCAAGGCAAGUCACCUGACUCUUCAGAAUGUCACUUUUGACGAUGCUGGAAAAUAUGCGUGUGUUGUUUCCAAUAAGUUUGGAAACUGUCGGCAAUAUACUUGGCUCACCGUUCUACCAAAAUAAAGCGUCAGUGAAACUGAAUAUAUGUUUGGCCAAGGAACAUAGACUCUUUUUGAAAUAAGAAAGGAAAUAUAGUUGGCAAACUUCGAAUUAGUAUUUUGGGGACUAAAAUAAAACCAAAUUGUUAAUGUAAUUAUAUAAUUAAAAUUUUGUUUGAUAUUUUUUCUGCAAAUAAAUAUUUUGAUCUGAAAAUUUUUUAUGUCUAUAUAAUAAAUUAUUUUGAAUGCC